AUGAGUCGUGCAACUAUCGAUCAGCUCUCCGCUGGCAUGCAGUCGUUGACGGUCGUCGGCCUGGUCGUUGCCAAGCUGUCCAUCGGGACCUUUGAGGACAGGAAAAAUCCUGGCACGUCGAGAUCGCGCUUCACCUUCACGCUACGCGACUCUGAGAGUGACAGCAUCAACUGCACCAUGUGGGGCGACCCAAAUCUGAUCGGCAGUGCGCACAGUCGGUUUAACACUGGCGAUGUCGUGGAAGUCAUCCAUCCUCAGGUGGUGCCCAAGAACCCCACGCAGGAGCAGCGCUGGAUGCCGCGCACCAGCAGCGCCUAUGCGCUGCAGCUGAACUCGAGCUCAGAUGUUCAGCUGUACAUGGGUGAUCUGCCCGACCGCCAGCGAUUCGUGCGCAUUCCCAUGCUGUACGAAAGCGGGUUUGUCAAGAUUCAAGACAUCCUGGCUUCUCCCCAAGAGCUGUCGCAGCAGUACAUUAACGUGCUGGGCAUUGUGUCGCGCAUCGGAGCCGUGACAUCCACCACCACCUCGAACGGUCGCGCCACCGACAAGCUUGAGGUGUACCUGACGGAUGACUCGGGCGGUGAAAUCAGGAUGACACUCUGGGGAAGCUGCAUUGCGAUGGCGUCCAACUGGACCGUUCGAGACACGAUUCUGUUUUUGAGCGACGUUCGCGUUCGGACCAGCUCGUUUGUCCCGAGCGCAGCGAGAAAUGACCCGACGCAGGAGCAUGAGCGCAUGGUUUACACGACCGAGCUCUCCUUUGACAACUGUUCCCUCGUCACCGAGUAUCCCGACCUGCGCGAGGCGCAAGAGCUGUACGACUAUGCUCAACAGCUACCCGCCGAUGCGUUCACUACAGCAUCCCGCAUGGGCGGUGGCAUGAGCAGGGCCGCGUUCAAGCCGAUUCGCAACGAUGAGAUUGUGGAAUCCCAAGGCAAGUUCGUCAACGUGGACGUCGCGGGGGUGUACGCGCUUCGCCCGCCCGUGUUUGUCUUUGACGUGUUCAUCACCGAUCUUCCUUUGGAUGACUUCUACACGCAAGUCGUGAUUGCCCGCUGUCCUGGGUGCAAUCAACAGCUGCCGGUUGAGCACGCAUGCAACCGACCCGAAUGCGCGAAUCUUGGCGAAAAUGCCGCCGACAACCCUGCCAAUUGGCAGAUUCAACUCCCGAUCGCAGUCACGGAUGCGACGGGCACGCUCCUCAAGAUUGUGCUGCAGGGUGAUCCGGCCAUGUCGCUCAUCGGCGUGGAUGCAUCGGAACUCUACUUUAUGAGCUACGAGGAGCGGUCUGCGCUUCGCAGGCGUCACAUUUUCCAGAGACAUCGCGUGGUGUGCAAGAUGUCCCAGUACCGCUCGUUUGCGCAGUAUCCGCUGUACGAGGUGGUGCGCAUGGAUUUGUUCUGA